AUGAGUAAACUGUCAUCUAUAAGUUCUCAUGAAGUUUUAGACAGCGAAUAAGAAAUUUCUAAAAAAGCAUUUGUACCAUCAUUGAGAACUCCUUUUGAAAAUGAUAAACUAAAGUAAAGAAAAGAUGAAGAAUUAGAUUAUGUAUAAAAAUAACAAAUAAAAAAGACUCCAUUAAAAAUAAAUUUGAGUAAUUAAUUGCUAACUUGUACUUCAUUUGCAUUGGAUACAUUAUCAGAAUUAUUAUUAGAUUUAGAUUUAUCAAAUAACUUAUUGCAUUAAUUUCCUAAUUAAUUGAAGUAUAAAUUUCUAUUAAUUUACAUCAGGAAAUUUACAAGCCUUAAGAUUCUGAAUUUGAGUAAUAAUUAAAUCCAAUAAAUACCAAUAAAAUUUUCGCUUCCAAAUUUAGAAAAAUUAAUAUUGUCUGAUAAUUAGAUAAGUAUUAUUAUUAACUAAUAAUAUAGAAUAAUUGCCAUCUUGUUUAUUUAAGUUAAAUACUUUAAGAGAGUUGAAUUUAAAUAAUAAUAUAAUAGAGUAUAUACCAUCAGAAUUAUUUGAUUUAUAGUUGACUUUUCUUGGUUUAAGAUCAAAUGUUUUUACAACUAUUCCAGCUAGAUUUAAUGAUAUUUUAGAAUCAUUAUAAUGUUUUGACAUUGAUUGGUUUGAUUAUUGUGCAAUAAAUUGUGCAUUUGAUAAUCAAAUAAAAUAAAAGCUAAUUUUAUUGGGUUAAAGAGUAGUAUAGAGACAAGAAGUUAUAACAUUUUCUUUAUUUUAUUAUUAUAUGGUUGGAAAAGUGUUUGAUAUUUAGUAAUUCAUUUAAAAGUAUUAAAUAUAAUAAUAUUAGUGGUAAGAAUAUUUUAUUUACUUUUAUACAAAGAGAUUCCAUAGGAUUAUUAAAGUAAUUUAGCUAAAAAUAUCCAGAAUUAAUAAUGAUGAAAGAUGAGGAAGAUAAUUCUCCACUUCUUUAUGCAUUUAAUUUACAUAGAACAAAAUGUAUUUAGUAUUUGUUGCCUGUUUUUAAAAAGAAUAAAAUAGAAUUGCAAAUUUUAUUUAUGUUAUCAGCAAAACGAUUAGACAUUUAAUUAAUGAAGAUCCUAAUGCAAAAUGGGAUAGAAUUAAAUUAUAAAAUAGAGAAAGAUAUAAUUGGUCCUAAUAAAAUACUAGUUACUAAUGGAUCAACUGUUAUGCAUGUAGCAAUGACAUCUUUUGGCAGAAAUCCAUAACAAUAAUAAUAAGCAUCAACAAUGGUCAAAGUAGUUUAAAACUUAAAGAAUAGCUUCUAUUAGACAUGGGAUGCGAUCCAAACAUUAGAAACCAUAUGAAAUUAACUAGUUUACAUGUUGCUGUAAAAUUACCAUCUUUAGCUGCAGUACGAUUUGCUAGUAAUUGCACAUAAUUCGAUUUCCAUAAAAGGGAUCUUUAUAAAAAUACACCUCUUCAUAGUGCAGCAUCAAUGGGUUUAGUCACUAUUUUGUAAUUGAUUUAAACAAAGAAUAUUAAUCCAUUUUCUUUAAAUCUUAAUAAUAAAACAGCUAAACAAGUUUCAAUAUCCUCAUUAUAAGUAAUUAAAAUUUAAAGGAAAUAUGAAAAUUAAUAUUUAAGAAGAAAGUUAUUAAUUGAAAAUGAAGCUCAUCGAACUUGUUAAAAGAAUGAGAAUUUGACUAGUCUAAAUAGUUAUUAAACAAUUAUUUAGAAUCAUUAAGUAAGUGAAAUUAAAAGUUAAAUACAAUCACCAUAAUCUCAAUAAUAAUAAAGAAAGAUUUUCAGAUUGAAUUUAACUUAAGUAAAAUUAAUGGAAUAAAAUGGUUUACUCUCUAAUCGAUAAUAAUAAUAAUCAUCCUAAAGAUCUUUGGCACCAAAAAUCUAGGAAAUAUUAUCUAAUAUAUCUUAAAUUAUGAGAAAAUAUUAACAUAGUAAUAAUGUUAUUUAAGAAAUGAAAAAUUUAUAUUAUUGCACCGAAGUGCUAUAAGAAAAGUUAAUAAUUGCAAUAUUCGUAAAUUUAAUCAUAAUGAAAUUAAAGUAUGGUUGGAAAUAUUUGUCUAGUAUUGGUACAUCUACAAUAUCAGUAUUAAAUCAAACAAAAUUAGUAUAUUAAAAACCAUUAAGUGCUAAUGAAUAUUUUAUAUAUUAGAAUCAAGUAUUUAUUUAAAAAUACAAAUAAAAUUGUUUAUCUAUGUAAAAGAUAGAAGACAUAUCUAAUGCAGAUUUUAAGAAUCAAAAAAAUUAAUUAUCUUUAAAUUUGAAAUAUAAUCUUUUUAAUAAUUGGGAAGAAACAAUAAAUUAAUAAGAGUAAUUUUAUUAAAAUUGUAUGGGAGAUACUUAAUGGAUGAUUAGUAUAAAAGGGUUAAAGAUUUAAAAUAAUAUCAAAUCAGAAAAUAAUAAUCGUAUGUUAUUAUAUUAAUACGAGUAAUUUUAAAAUAAUUCAGCAGCUUAAACAUAAUUCAUUCGAGUUGUUUAAAGACAAAUGGAUUAUUAUAAAGAACAAAAAGUUGAUAAUUCAGAAUCAGCUGGUAGUUUAAGUGAUAGAAUGAAUUAAUAUAAUAAAACUCCAUUAAUAAAUAAGAAAGUAAAUCAAUUUUAAAAUUAAAAAUAAAAUAAGAUGGAAUUAUUAUAUAGAAAUGUCAGUUAGACAGCAAGAAGAGUAUCUCCUUAAGUUUAAUAACAUCUUGGAGAAAAGGCACAGACCUUUCGAAAAGAUUCUGCUAUAAUAAAUUCAAUAGAUUUUACUUUAGAUAAUUUGUGA